UUCGCCCCAAGUUCGAUGUCAUCGAGGUGGAGACGACCAAACAGCGCCGGCGUCUGCGGACGGGAGGUCCCAAGAACAAAGACUGGUUUUAAUACUACUUCUAAUUCGCCCCCGUCCCGUGGUGAUCAACGAGAAGAUGUGGAGGUGUUAAAUAGCAUACUAAAAAACACGAGGAGAGCUCUACUAACCGGGCUGACGAGUCACACAGCUGUCCGACGCGAGCAGGAGCACGGGGCUGGUGCUGUUGAGAAAAUAACGACGCACUCACGUACGGAGCUGAGUAGAAGUAGAAGUAGACGCGAGGACGAAACUAGUGACAAC